AUGCCUAAGGCAGGAAUUUACUCCAUUAGCUUCGAACCCAUUAUCGCGAAAGCAAUCUAUACCUCCACAUCCCGAGUUCCAACUUAUCGCGACUACUACCUGCGCAAAUUUGUCACUUCCUCCUAUACAGUAACCGUGCGCUUCAAUUCCCCGCCAUCCCAACCAUACGUACCUAUGGACAAAGAGAACGCUGCGGACGCUCAGCCCGCCACCGGACAGACUCACAAUGAUCUCUUCGAUUACGACGUCGAUCUAGAUGCGAUAUUAGGGGAAUCCUCGACGCGAUCCAACAUCAACGCCCCUCAAACGUCCGAAAGUCGUGGGUUAGGACUUGGGUUAGAUGAUGAAGUGAAAGUCACAAGGAAGCGGCAACCAAUUGCGAAGCUAGAUGAGGGACGGUUACUAUCUCAAGCCGGGAUCCCCAAAUUGCGCCGCAGCGCGAAGCAGAAGCUGAAGUUCAAGGGGAAAGGCCAUGAGUUUUCCGAUGCUGCACGGUUAUUGAAUUUCUACCAAUUAUGGCUCGACGAUCUCUUUCCACGCGCAAAAUUCACAGACGGACUCGCGAUGAUCGAGAAGCUAGGCCAUUCGAAACGGAUACAGACAAUGCGGAGGGAAUGGAUAGACCAGGAAAAGCCACGACAGCGGGAUGAUGACGAUGAACCACUGCAGGAGGCGGAGGGUAGCCAUCAUAACGAGACAAGCAACGCUGCGGACCAGCCUUCUGACCGUCAAUCGAAUUCGCGCCAGUCACCUCACCCGAAUGACGAUUCGAAUGAUCUGUUCAUGUCGGACGAAGGAAACCCGCAAUAUGUGGUUGAUAGACCGGAGGCGCCCGAAGAGGAUGACCUGGAGGCGCUUUUACGAGAACAAGAGGAUGAGGUGGUUGACAAGCCUGAUGGUCCUGAAGAGGAUGAUUUAGAUGCGCUUUUGCGAGAGCAGGCGGAUGUGGCAGUUCCACAACAGAAGACGUCGACUGCUCCGUCAAUGGAUGAAGAUAGAUUGAGAGUCCCCGUGGACCACCUGUAUGAUUGUGACGUCACGCAUAUACGAAACGUAAUUGUUCCUUCUAAUAUGAUGGAGUGA